AUGCAUCGACUUUUUGCUGAGCUGGAGCCAUCUGUAACCGUCACCGAGCAAAACCUUGCAGACCGAGUUCGAUAUAUCUUGCGCUCAAAUACAUUUGAUGUCACCGAACUCGAACGGCUACGACGUGAGGCUGUUCCUUCAUCGGGUGAAAAUGCUGCGGCUGAGGAUGCGGCGCCACAACUUGCUGAGCAAUCGGCAAAUGUGAAUGCCGCCGUAAAUACGCCAGUUGUGGUUGAUUCAAACGAUGAUGGAACAGUCGCCCAGGAACUGGAACUAGAGCAAAUGAGGAGUACAUUGGAAGAGGCGAUUGUGGAAACGCGCAGUACGUCUCUCGAAAAUCGACCGCGACUUCCCCGCUUAGCCCAAAGCAAGCAGAAUCGAGCUGUCGUGAGGGCUCUGAACCCAAUGCUGGUUACCUAUUUGGAAGCCAGCCGGGACCUUUGCGAGACGGACUCAAUUCUUUUUGGCGCCGCACUGGCAGUCUGCCGUAUUAUAGGCGCCAAACUUUCCACGGCUGGACGCGCUACUGGACAAAGUAGUGCUAUCCCAGCCAGGAGAAUAAGAACUGAAGAACGUAUCGCAAAGGCUAGGGCCCUCAUCGGCAGACUGAUAUGCUUCAGGUCAGGCAAUACCAGGCCAAGGAUUGUGCGCACCGUUAGGAUGGCGUUUGUUGGGACAAAUGUUAGCUUGUCCCAGCCGGAUAUAAUGCAUAAACUGACGGAGCGCGUAGACGACCUGAAGCAAAGAAUCGCUGCUUGGGGAAAGCGUAUUCGGCGCUAUACCGAGAGGUCGACACGGUUCAAUCAGAAUCGUCUCUUCCAGAGUGAUCAGAAGAAGCUCUAUAAAUCAUUGGAGCGACCAAUAGUAAGUGGAACGGGCCCAGCACCAAAUCAGGCCGACACAGUCAGAGUAAACCACAACGAGGGCCCUUGGACGGAAGUUGUGGCGAGUCAGUGUGCGGAACCAAGAUACGAGACAGCGUACGCGUGCGAAGGAAAAACACUGAAGAUUGGCUGCGCGGAAGGUUCAGUUAUCCACCUCAUCAGAGCUAACUAUGGAAGGUUCUCCAUCACGAUCUGCAAUGACCACGGGAAUACUGAUUGGAGCGUUAACUGCAUGUCAACGAGGAGUUUACGGGUUUUGCAUAGCAGAUGCAGUAUGCACCAAAACUGCAGUAUAUUAGCCAGCACGAAUAUGUUUGGUGACCCGUGUCCGAACACGUUGAAGUACCUCGAGGCGCAUUAUCAGUGUGUUCCUGCUUCAACAACUAGCACAACCAAUCGGCCAUCACCGCCAUGGCUUAUCACCUCCCAGCCAACAGUAUGGCGGUCCACCAUUCCUCCUAUACCGAAGAGUCCCGUGCAAACGCAACAGACAGAACGCAAGAAGCCCACUGUUAUAACGCCGCCAACAUUCAGGCCUCAUAUCACAUUACCACCGGAAGUGAGGCUUGGUGACAUUGGUACAAAAAAGCCAACAACUCGACAACCAGAUUCAUCAUCAGAGAAGGACCCAUUACAAAUCCCUCAUGACCACGUACCUGAAGUCAAGGAAGAAAUUCCAAAGGUUGCUGAACCAGAGAGCAUACCGAAGAAUGAGAAACCGAUUAAGGACCGUGAGGAAGGAAUCGCACCAGUCACGGAGGCACCCAUGCAGUGGCCGGCGAAAGAUGAAGACUCAGAUUCCACUUCACCAGUCCACAUGCCACCGAAGGAGAACCGAUCGCCGGAAAUAGACGGAGAGAACGCAUACGACACUAAGAUCUAUUCAACAAGUUCCACACCAAACAGGAGAGCAGCCUACUGUCCACAAGUAAUCGCUCGAGGAUUACACUGGAACUGGACUCAAGCAGGCCAGUACGCUGUCCAGCCUUGCCCCGGUGGAGCAACUGGCUUGGCGAGGUGGACAUGUACACUGACAACGCACCAGCAUUUAGUGGAAGACGAGCGGCCGAGAAGACGCGGUAUCGGCUUACAAUCAGGAGAGAACUACCAUGACUUAGGACUCGAUCAGCCCAGCGAAAGGCAGUUACAAAUUAUAAGAAGGCUUGGCUCCGAAGCAUUACUUAAGGGUCGUGAUGGUGAUUCUCCGGAGCAUUUGAUCGAUUAUCGAGGAAGUUCAAGUAUGCCUGAUGCUCAAAUUUCCGGUCACGGGGCUAUUUCGAAUGGUGAUUUUACUUAUACCGAUUCGAUUCCCGAAUGGCACGGAGCGACACCUGACCUCAGCGAGUGCCGAUCCGUGUGGUUGAACAGCUUAGAAGCCCGUGUGAGGGAAGGAGAGUCCUUACUCAGUAUCAGUAAUGAUCUGGCACAGGUAACAUCUUCAAAAACGUUAUACGGAGGCGACAUGAUGACAACAACGAGUAUAAUGAAGAAGUUAGCGCAACGCAUGUCACAAAACAUGCAGACUUUUCCCGACCCUCGUCAGAGAGAGACCUUUGUUGCUGACAUGCUUUUAGGAGUCAUUAAAACUGGAUCAAAUCUUCUAGAAGAAAGCCAACGCGCUUCUUGGUUGGAUCUGAGCACAGAAGCUCAGAACCGCGUCGCGAGCGCCUUGCUCACACAACUCGAAGAAAACGCUUUCCUUCUAGCAGAUGCGGUGACCAAAGAGAAAACAAUACUUCAGAUUGUUAAAAAUAUUUGUCUUUCUGUAAGGGUGUUAGAAGUGAAAAGUGUCGAAGACGAAACGUUUCCAUCCGUUAUCGCUCAAGAACAAUGGAAGGCUUCUGAAGACACCAUUACUAUUCCUAAGGCUGCCUUGAUAGAUAAUCGUCAAAAAGACUUGGUUCGAAUCGUGUUUUUUGCCUUCGAUCGCCUCGAGCAAAUACUUCCACCGACUUUUGGCAAAACUCCGCAAUUCGCUGCAUAUGCGUCAGAUCCUUCAUCAUCUGCCGCAACAAGUAUCAAUUCAGAGAGAGAAAAGAAGAAUAUAACGAGGGUUUUGAAUUCAAAGGUAAUAUCAGCGAGCUUAGGCAACGGUCGCCACAUACAACUGUCGCAAAUGGUGCGACUCACUAUGAAACAUUUGAAGACUGAAAACGUAACUAACCCAGUUUGUGUAUUCUGGGAUUAUACCCUACAUGGCUGGUCUCCUGAAGGCUGUCAAGUGGAAUGGUCCAAUCUAACCCAUACUGGUUGUGCGUGUUCUCACCUUACGAACUUCGCGAUAUUAAUGGACGUCCAUGGAGUCGCAUUAAGCCACGCCCACGAGAUGGCGCUGCGGCUUAUAACGCUGAUUGGUUGCGGAAUAUCGUCUAUUGCCCUUGUCGCUGCUAUUAUUGUGUUCCAGUGCUGUAGGAAUAUGAAGUCGGACCGAGUGUUAAUCCACAAACAUCUGUGCUGGUGUCUCUUGAUAGCCGAGAUAAUAUUCAUGGUGGGGAUAGAUCAGACUCAGGAUAGAAUUCUAUGUGGCAUCAUAGCUGGUCUACUCCACUAUUUCUUCUUGGCUGCAUUCGCUUGGAUGUUCUUAGAAGGAUUUCAUCUAUACGCAAUGUUGGUGGAAGUAUUCGAGCCUGAACGCCCUCGCGCCCGGUGGUACUGCGCGGGUGCAUAUCUAGCUCCGGCUUUGAUUGUUUUGGCUUCUGCGGCUGCGUAUCCAACUGGCUACGGAACGCCGCAAAGCUGCUGGCUUUCCACGGAUCAUUUGUUUAUCAUGAGCUUUGUCGGACCAGUAGCUUUGGUUGUUACGGCCAAUUGGAUUUGCUUGGGUCUGGUUAUUUACAUGAUGUGUCAUCACACCAGUGUAUCCAUCAAAGCGAAAGAAAACUCAAAGCUGUAUAAAAUAAAGGUUUGGCUGAACACUUCGGUGGUACUAGCGGUACUUCUUGGUUUAACUUGGACCUUUGGUGUCUUGUAUCUCAACGAACAGACAGUGGGAAUGGCUUACGCUUUCACUAUACUCAAUUCAUUCCAAGGUCUCUUCAUCUUCGUGUUCCACUGCUUGUUGAAUGAGAUCUUCCAGAAGGAAUGCGCACGUCUCGGUCGUCGACAUCCUUGGCUCUCCUGCUGUUUAUACUUCACUACGCAGUCAUCACAACCAUUGCCACAUAAUAUGCCAGCCACAGCAUCUUCUUCCAAUCACGUGGAUACACGUCAGGGUUCAGUAAAAAGUCGUAGAUAUCAUCAAAGUACGGCAGCCGAUGAGGAUAUUGUCGAUCCACGAGACGUGACGAACUCAACAAACGCUUCGGUGGCAGCAUCAACGACAAACAACCUCGUCAUCAACAACCUGAAUGUUGUUGUCAACAACAACAACCACAACAACAAUAACGUUAUCAAUAACGCAGCGGUAGCUUCCUUAGCUGCUGCAGCGGCUGCCCAUAAUUACCACUCCCAUAGAAAUAGAAGAAACUCUCAGGAGAAUCAGAAUUUCAGUCCUUCGUCCAACUUUGGUCCUACUCUCAAUGCUACAGCGGCUAAUUUCGCUCACAAUAUCCCUGAAAGAGAACCACCCGCGGCAAUGACGCAUUUAAGAAGUUCUAUUAAUCCUGGCAGUGGUAGAUACCCGCAAGGAUACCGGCAAAAUAGUUACAACAUUCAACCGGAGCCAUCAAGGUGGAAUGUCCGACCAACCGCACCUAUAUACGUGCCAAAUGACGAAACAAGAUCAGUUCGGGCACCGACGCCACAAAAUAUACCUCGUAGCUCCUCACACACACAAAGUAUAGCGUCAAUGCAUAGCUACAGGAAUAAUAUUGAAGUACCGAAUGAAUACCAGAACUUAAGGUCGCGGUCGCCAUCUUGUUUCUCGAACAAGAUGGCGGCAUCGAUUGGCGCGAACGACUGGGCACUAAUGGCGAACACGAUCGGUGGCAAUGUCUGGAAGAACACUUCUUCUAAGCAUCACGUAGGGAACACGUCGACUCUUCCUCACCACGACACGCUAACCAGGCAACUCCAACAAAACCACAUUCACAGCCCUUACGAAUGUGAAGCACCACUAGCACCCGGAUCACCGCGUCACGUUAAGGACGAGGAGAGUCCCCUCCACAAUCCACAAGGCUACCAAACCACCAGGAGCUACAACCAGGACUUCAGAAACCCGCACGUUUUCAUGUCCCAACAUUCCCCCGGUAGCCAGGAGAUGAUCUUCCGGAAGCAUUACAAGGACGACCGACGCAAACAUCACCAUCACCACGGAAGUCAAAAUGUGAACCAUACGUAUUCGGAAAUCGCGGCACAACAAGGCCGGCUGUACAGACGAGGGUCCGAACAGGAAUUUCGGGUGAUACAAGAUGAUCCAGUUUACGAAGAAAUCGAAAGGAACGAGACGCUAAUGUCGGAUAUGUCCGACGACAACUCCGGUCCGGACAGUUGCAGACAGAACCCUGGACAUCACGGCUCGUCCAGUUCCAAGUUCUUCGGUGAUCAUCGCCCCUUGAUAUCUUACAGUCCUGGAGACAGGCAUCAUCACGAACAGGAGCAUUAUGGAAAGUACGGAAAAUGGGACACCUUGGAUCGGGCGUACGACAGACACGCAUAUGAAAGCGGCAGAUUGGUACACCCAUAUCACCAGCCCCAGGAAAGUAAUAUGAGGGCUCUGGCAGCUGUUCUUAACGGAGAAAACAACGUCGUAUGUCACUUAGAGCCGCACAACUCCUACGACGUUUAUCAACCGCAAAGCGGGAACCCCAGGACUGUUUCGCAACCCAGUUUCUAA